UUUUUUAAGAAAUGUUUUUUUUUAUUAGUGCCAGCCGGAUAAAGCUGUGGCGCCGGGUGAAGAAGUCAGCAGGGGAGCACCAUUCCUGCAGAGGAGGCCAGAGCAAGAGAUGACGGGAUCCAGAGUGUGCCCAAAGUCGGGAAAGGGGGCUGGAGGCCUGGGUUUGUGAGCAAUCCGACUGAAAAGGGGCUUUUCUGUAUGUUAACAUCUCUGUGCCAAAUGUUAGUACAUUUCCUCCUCCAAAAAUCAAUCAGCUCCCCCGGGGCUCUGGGGCAACCUUUUGCCCCGAUUCUGGGCCCAAAGCACAGUGGUAUUGUGGAAUGAGCUUUCCCAAGUGUCCUGUGGAAGCCCCGCCCGCAGAGAGCUCACUUAAUCACUGUGCUCUCAACUUUCUCCCCAGUGGAAACAACCCACUACGAGCUACCUGAAACUGCAGGUUCAGGAGAGUUUGAAAUUAAGCUUCAGAUGGGGUCCACCUCUUCUAGAUCUCGGGGUUGCCGCAGACUCUAUGCCCUAGGACUGUAGGGUCACUUCACUUGGUGUCUGGGAUACUAAAUCACCUCAUUUCCUUAAUAGGGUUCAUUACUGCUGUGUAAACCCACCCCUUCUGCAGAAGGGUUCUUGGAGUAUCCCCUUUUGUCCAGAAAUCCUACAUUGAAAUAUGUUGGAGGCGUCCCUACUUCUGUUCCUAUAUUGUGUCCCUAUCUUCUUGGUGCUAUCAUUUCCUGCCCCCCUCCAUGCUGGGGGUGCCCCAGUCAAUUAAGAUGCAGGAAUGACAAAUGGGGGUAAUUUGGUGGGAGGGGGGCUCCGUCUGGAGAAAUAACACUUUUUUAAAUUAAAGGAUUAUGAGAAUACAAUGAAAGUAUGAUUUAUUGCCACCUCCUAAUUCAAGCUGGUGCGUUUAUGCUAUGUCUGUCUGCCUAUGAGUACAUAUAUAAGUACAUAUAUGGCCUGAAAGUUAUGAUAUAGACACAGACUGCUAUGGGAUGAAAUGAGCUCCCUCCUACAUAAAUCUUGGCAAGAAGUUAAAUUGUAAUUUUCCAACAUUAUGAUUAAAUGAAAGGAUGGGCUGAGUACAUAUUAGGGUAUACAAAUGGGUUAAACAAGCAAGCCAGAGCUGAUGUCCUCCUGGUUCAUAGGAAUGUCACACAAUCCUCCCUCCUUCACACACCCUCAUAUAUUUUGACUCACCCUGGGGUAACCGGUUGCAUUGCAAUGGUUGAAGUAUGUGUGAGUGAUGCAAUACUCUGUUUGCAGCCCUUUGUAGAAAAAUAAUUGCCAUGAUCCAGGCAAGCCUGGCAGUGAAAGUUUAUUAUUGUUGGGGAGUGGACAGCAAUUUCAUUGUUUUGCAAAAACAGUUCUGCAAAAAGCAGAAACUGACUGCAGAGGGAAUAAAAGGCAGGGGUCCCCAGAGCCAUCUUUCCUCCUACUGCUCCUUCCCUUAUAAAAUCUUUCCCGUAGGAGCUGAAGCCCCAGGGUGGUGCAAUAAGACUGAGACUGUGAGAAGGUAUUACUGAGAGUGGCAUGUGGGGGGAGGGCAUGAUGAGAUUGCCAUAUGUCCUAAAGAAUCUCUACCAAAAAAAAAAGAGUAUUUUCUUGUUUGUUUCCAUGGUGGGUUUUCAGGAGAAGGGUCCUUCUCUCCCCCCAUGAUUUGGCAGUAACCUUUUAAAUACACUAACUCGGGCUGAUUUGAGCAGUGUUUGUUCUGCUGUAAGGUAAAUGUCCUGAGCAAAGGGCAUUCUAAAAAAGGAGGCAGAAUGGCCUUGUUUUGCCUUUCUCACAGCACUAGCAAAUGAGCUCAAGUUCUAAAAAUGCAAUGUAUUAUUGUUAUUAAACAGAGGGAAUCCUGUUUCCCUUUCCAUUAGCAAACACAUAAAUUACUCACCUGUUUGGCCUCUCCAGCACCCUUCAGCAUACUAAGAGCCCAGGUUAUACAGCCCCUGGUUUCACAACUUAGCAUCUGCUGGGCCACUAUGUGCCAGAAAUGAAAAAUGGGAUAGCUCAGUCUGUCUCCAGCACCAUCAUUCACUGAAACUCCAAUUCCUAUGGUCCCUCGAUCAAGAAUGGAAACCAAUAAAUAGGAAAAACAGGAUGAGAUUGCUAAAGAGCUAAUUUUGUUGGUGCUGUGCAUUGUGGCAUUAACAGUGGAAAAUGAUAUAAAAUACCCGCACGGAAAAUGGCUUGAUCCCUGUUAGAAAACUCUAAAUGUGAUGGGUAAUGUCUCUUAUGAAAUUUACAGCUAAAAUUCUGAAAUGAGACAUUUGAACUCACAGGGGGGGAAAUGAUCCAUGUUUCCUGAAUGCAUUUUCACAUUGGAAAGCUGGGCAUCGGCUUGGGAAGGGAGGGGAGAGAAAGAUCAUCUUCUGUUUAAUUUCCAAACAUAGCCCUGGGUAUUUCUUCACUUGAUUUCUAGCAUUAACUUGCAUUGCUUCAGCUGUUGUACACACAGAGUCCGGGGAGGGCGGGGAGAAGCGGGAGGAGGGGAAAGGCUGGGAGGAAUCUGGGCUGUGUGCCGAGCAUGCGCAUUCUCUAUGCAACAAGUGGGCUCUACAGACAGAGGAAGUGUAAAGGGGAGGGGGACUGGUGCAGAGCAUGGCGGUGACGUCACCGCUCCGCCCGGGCGGCAUCCCGCGCGGCUGAGCCGGGGACAGCGCGAGCUGCAGCCCGAGCGGGAGCGCGAGACGCGCCUCUGGAACGUAGAGUAACAAUCACAAUUCCCACAUUCCAAUUCCGAACGGGAUGUGACAGAGGCAGAACCGACGGAGAGCCAUGCACCCUACGUGAGCUGCGGCAGCCGCGGCAGCCGGGAACAGGGCCGGGGUCUGCUGAACCCCUGGCUACUCCUUUCAUCUGGUGUGCGUCCGGGAAGCAGCGGCGGCGGCUCAGCGUGUGCAAAAUCUUACAGCCACCAGGCGGAACAUCCAGUGCUGCAGGAGGGCCAGGACGGCUGCCAGUGGCUCUCCGUGUACCUUUCUCCUGUUGCCCUCUCUCUUCCCUUCCUCAUACUCUUCCCGUCCCUCCUGUUCCUCUUCCCUCCGGAGAAGCAGCGGCAGCAAGCGAGAUCGGAGACAAGCUGAGGGUAGAGUACGGUAGCCCUUAACACCUCUCUGCCCCCUGCCCAGGGAAGAGGACAGAAAUCCUAGAGAGGAAAAGCAGCAGUGACAGUAACAGCGGGGCACUACGUUCUUCCCCUACCCCCACCCCGUUCCCAGCACCCCUGUCCCAGGGGCAACAGCACCAGGAAGAAGUCGACCGAUUUCCCCUCCCCUGCCAGAAAACUGCAAUAGGAGGCGGGGGCAAGGAGGCAAGCUACUCUGCCACCCAGGUGGUGGAGCAACCACCAAGAGGCGCAGCGGCAGCGAGUGGCAGGAGACAGAAUCUUCUCCCCCCUUCCUCCUGUACUCCUUCCCCCGCCCGCCAGCCCUCCCCGGAGGAGAAAGAGCAACAGCAGCCUGGGCGGGUAGGGACCAAUCUGCCCUUCCCCCCCUCCCCUCCCCCUCCCUCCCCCGGGCCGGCACCAUGUCCUCGGCGCAGGUGGCUUCCUCUCGGAGACAGUCGUGUUACCUGUGCGACCUGCCCCGCAUGCCCUGGGCCAUGAUUUGGGACUUCACGGAGCCAGUGUGUCGAGGCUGUGUCAACUAUGAGGGUGCGGACCGCAUUGAGUUCGUAAUCGAUACAGCCAGGCAGCUGAAGCGAGCCCACGGCUGCUUCCAAGACGGCAGAUCCCCGGGGCCGCCGCCGCCGGUCGGGGUCAAAACCGUGGCCCUCUCCGCUAAAGAGGCGGCGGCGGCGGCGCAGCAGCAGCAACAACAACAACAGCAGCAGCAGCAGCAACAGCAACAGCUUAACCACGUUGACGGCUCUACCAAAGCCGCCGUCUUGGCAGCGCCGUCUGGCCUAGAGCGCUACGGCCUGAGCGCAGCAGCCGCAGCCGCCGCUGCCGCUGCAGCCGCGGUUGAACAGCGAAGCCGCUUUGAGUACCCCCCGCCCCCGGGAAGCCUGGGGGGCAGCGGGGGCGGCGGCCAUGCAGCCCGGCUACCCAACGGGUUGGGCGGCCCCAAUGGCUUCCCCAAACAGUCCCCGGAGGAUGGGCCCCCGGAACUGAACCGCCAAAGCCCCAACUCCUCAUCUUCCCGUCGCGGGGCUCACGGGGGGCUGGUGACAGGGCUACCCCCUGGGAGUGGGAGUGGCGGAGGUGGCGGGGGUCCUCUGAAUGUGCCCCCCAACCUGCUCCCUCAAACGCUGCUCAAUGGGCCGGGAGCAGCCGUGUUGCCCCCUCCACCUCCCCACGGGCUAGGCAGCCGCCCUCCCCCGCAGGGCUCCAACGUGGGCGGAGGCGGGGGUCCCUCCUGCCUAGGGGGGACCACCUUGGCUGCUGGCUCCGCGUCCUCUUCCUCAUCUUCGUCAUCCUCAACCUCUUCUUCAUCCUCAGAGGCCUGCGGUGGGGGCAAGCGGCCGGGUUCGGUGUCCAGUACCGACCAGGAACGAGAAUUAAAGGAGAAGCAGCGCAACGCAGAGGCCCUGGCAGAACUGAGCGAGAGUCUCCGAAACCGGGCAGAAGAUUGGGCCAGCAAGCCCAAGAUGGUACGGGAGACCCUGCUCACUUUGGCAGGCUGCACCCCUUAUGAGGUCCGCUUCAAGAAAGACCACUCUCUGCUGGGCCGCGUCUUUGCUUUCGAUGCGGUCUCCAAGCCGGGUCUGGACUAUGAACUCAAACUCUUUAUCGAAUACCCUACAGGCUCGGGCAAUGUGUUCUCCAGCGCAUCCGGGGUGGCCAAGCAGAUGUAUCAGGACUGCAUGAAAGACUUCGGCCGCGGCCUGUCUUCAGGCUUCAAGUACCUGGAGUAUGAAAAGAAACAUGGCUCGGGAGACUGGCGGCUUCUGGGGGACCUACUACCCGAGUCUGUGCGCUUCUUCAAGGAGGGAGUCCCCGGGGCAGACAUGCUCCCCCAACCUUACCUGGAUGCCAACUGUCCCAUGCUGCCCACCGCCCUGGUCACCCAUCCUCGAGGCGCUGGCGGGGCUGGGGGAGUCGUUGGGGUACUCCCUCCCGCCAGCGCCUCCAGCCGUGGGGGAGCGUCUGGAUUGCGUAAGAGGAAAGCGUCCCCGGAGCCGCCGGACUCGGCCGAGGGGGCGCUGAAGCUGAGCGAGGAGCAGCAGCGCCAGCAGUGGAUGGCCACCCAAAGCGAGGCCCUCAAGCUCACCAUGUCUGCCGGGGGGUUCGGGGCAGUGCACGGAGCUGGGGGCCCUCCUCCGCCCCCGCCCCCGCCCCUGGGGCCCCUCUCUAACCGGACCACCCCACCCGAAUCAGCCCCCCAGAACGGCCAGUCCCCCAUGGCGGCCCUCAUGUCUGUGGCUGACACGCUGGGUAAUGCUCACUCGCCCAAGGACGGCAGCUCAGUGCAUUCCACUACGGCCACUCGAAGGAACAGCAGCAGCCCCGUGUCACCGGCCUCAGUGCCAGCCCAGCGCCGCUUGGCAUCUCGCAAUGGGGAUAUAAACUUACAAGUGGCACCCCCACCUCCUAGUGCCCACCCGGGCAUGGACCAAGUUCACCCCCAAAACAUUCCUGAUUCCCCCAUGGCCAACAGCGGCCCCCUCUGCUGUACCAUUUGCCACGAACGUUUGGAGGACACACAUUUUGUUCAGUGCCCUUCCGUGCCCAGCCACAAGUUCUGCUUCCCCUGUUCUAGGGAAAGCAUCAAGGCCCAGGGCGCUACCGGCGAGGUAUACUGCCCCAGUGGCGAGAAAUGCCCCUUAGUCGGUUCUAACGUACCUUGGGCUUUCAUGCAGGGGGAAAUCGCGACUAUCUUAGCUGGGGACGUUAAGGUGAAAAAAGAGAGAGACUCUUAAAAUCCAGCAAAAUCCCUACUUGGCCUCGUCCUCUCCCCCCACCCCUCUCCUCCAAGCCAGAUCCCUCCCACCCCCUCCUAGUCCACAGCCCUUCCUCCCCCACCACGAAGAUGUAGAAUUGUGAAUAUAACAAAACUGCAAAAAGUUAGUCUUAUGUAUAGACAUUAUUUUCGUCGUAUGUUUCUAUAUUUUGAAACAAAGGUAUGUAACUCUUCUUCAUUUGAAGGAUAGAGCUGGUUUUUGUUAAACAGAAUAUAAUAUUGUUUGGUUACUUACACAAUAUCUGUUUUCUCAUUUAUUUGGUGGCAGUGUGUUUGCCUAGGUACAAGAUUUGCUAGCCCUUAGCAAUUACCUGCUGCUGCUGUGUAUUUUUGUAAAUGUUAUGCACUUCUCUAAAAGAAAAAAAAGAAAAAAAGAAAAAAAAGAAAAACACCUUUUCCUUUUUGCCAAGGCCAGUGUUGAUGCCUACAAAAAUUGCUACAAAAAUGGUGAUCAGCUUCUGUUUUACCAAGCCCUGAGUGUUUAGUCUUCACUUAAUUUUGUUUUGUUUUGUUUUGUUUGCAAAACAGUGAGGGAGGGGGAGUCUGGGGGUGGGGCUGGGGGGGUGGGUGUUUUUCGUUGCAAGUUUGUAAGGGGAAAAAACUGUUUCAGUUUGUUUCUAUUGAUCUGAACGUUUUUAAUCUUCAUGUGUUUUUGUUUUUGCUUUAUUGAUGCACGGAUGCUUUUGAGCAGUAGAGCAAAAUGCUGUACAUGGAAAACAUGCUCUGUUUGUCCUUUAUACAUUUCUGUAGUUAACAGAACACUGUAAUGUGCCUUGGAGCUUAGUAACUUGUAAUAAAUUCAAUUGAUAUUAA